CGAAGUUUGUUCGUAACCGUUUUGGAAGAACACCGAACGAAGGAGGGGCGAAGGGGGGAUGCGUUUAAUAGUACAGGUGGUCGUAUAAGCGGGAGUAAUCUCAGCAUCCAGCCAGUUAGUCAGUGUCCAUGAUAGUGAGUACAUACAUGUGAUAUUUCAACAUGAAUCGAAUGAUCGUUUUGUUACUUGGAGUAGUGGUCGCCGUCAGUGCAGAGCAAAAAACUGCACACGUCCAUCUGGUGCCCCACAACGCCGAGACGAAGAAUGUAACCGGAGAGUUGACUAUUACCCAAUCGGCAGACAACACUGUCGAAAUCACCGGCACGGUGUACGGUCUCACGGAAGGAUUGCAUGGUUUCCAUGUACACGAAAAAGCAGAUAUGAGAGAAGGUUGCAAUUCUACUGGCCCCCAUUUCAAUCCUACAAAUGCUACCCACGGUGCACCGGAUAGCGCAGUAAGACACGUUGGCGAUCUGGGAAACAUCCGGGCAAAUGCUCAAGGAGAAGCAAGCGUAAACAUUAAGGACACGGUCAUUUCACUCACCGGCGUAAAUAGUAUUCUGGGACGCGCGAUAGUUGUUCACUCCGGCGAAGAUGAUCUAGGAAGAGGUAACACUACACUUUCAGCGACCACCGGCAACGCAGGAGGUCGUUGGGCUUGUGGCGUUAUCGAAGCUAAAUAGAUUCUUAUAAGGUAUGGACGAAAGAUAAAGUAUAGCAUGACAGGGCAAUCGGAUUAUAAAAAUGUGGCAUAAUGGCUUUCAAACAGCUAAAAUCUUUGGUUUCGACUGUAAGAAUUUGUAAAUUAUGUCUCAAAACAGUGCUUUUUAAUUAGUA